AUGGCAGAAUCGCAGGCUUUUACCGUGCUUGCGGACACGCUGUAUGAUGACCCGUCCCAACUCUCCCAGGCCCUCAGGCAGCGGGCAGGCAGUGAAAAGCCGCUCCAUUUCACCACGUCGACCGAGAGCCGCCAGUCAGGCAACACUGCCUCCAUCUUGGCUGUACCGCAACAAUCUUGUCGCGCCCGCGUCGCGCAGCAGCUACCCACCAUCGUGCUCGCCCAUCCCGAUCACGCUCUCUCUUCACGACGCGUCGCGACAGCCAAAUAUGUCAAGCCCGCUCUCCCCAAACAUCACAGCGCGCCCACAAGCACGGGUAUCAUAGUGGACAGGGAGGGCGCCCACAAAAUGCAUCAAAGCUUGAACGCAAUGGACGCUCCAGGCGAUACGCAGCCGGAUAGCCAGAUGCAUAAACAAUGGACAAGCGGUGUUUAUCCGACAGUAGAGGUCCACAAUCGUGGCCGCAGUCCAAAGUCGCUCUUCACAGAGCACGAAGAAGAGGAAGCGGACGACGACGACGACUUGCCUACAGAUGAAGUCGAAGUCGUAGAGUCCAGCUCGCAGCGCAACAAUCCGAAUGUCACGAGUCCAACCGUGGUGGAUGUCGAUGAUCAAGGCCUAGCGGAAAUACACAGUCUUGCGCUCACCAGCCCGCUCAAGUUCGAAACACCCGCACUGGCAGGCAGGACGCGAGAGAGACAGAGCUCAGGCCAAAUGUUGAGCUCCGUUGCGCGGACAAACACCACGCCUGGUACUGCCGCUUCAGCAUCUGCAUUUUUCCCAGUGGGGUUUGGAACCGGCACAAGUGCAGGCGGACCGCUGAUGUCCCUCACCCAGGCAUGGCAGAACACCCAGGCGCCGACUUCGCCAGCUGUGGGCGGAGCAAGCGAAGAUGUCGUCUUCACGCGGCCCUCGCCAAACUUCACGAACGCGCGCCACUCAAGCCCUAUACCAGCAUAUUCUAGCCCUAUCAAAGAUGUGCGACCCGAAACCCCCAAGUCAGAUCCAGUCGUGCGGUCAUCCAGUGAGCCUCGCGCUCAGUACGUCACCAUGAAGCAGUCACAAGAGAAGCGGAAGCUAUCAACGGGAGAUGAGGGUGUUAUCUCUGUUGAGCAAGAUAGCUGGGAGGAGCUUUCCAAUAAAGUGAAGCGGAAAAAGGCUCAAGAGCAGUUUCACCAAAGGGCAGCCCGCUCCCUCUCCAAUAUCUCCGCACCGACACCGCUAUAUCCACAAUCGGAUAGGAAGCGCCAGGCAACUGCUGCGUAUUCGUCACCAGUCAAAUCCAAAUCUCCACGGCGGAUAGCUCAUGCAAAUUCGCAAGAGGAGGGAAAUGAUGAUGAUUCCAUGGACGAGCUUUCGCAAGUGAAAGGGCACGACGAUGCUGAAGAAUCCCCCGACGAAUCGUCUCAGGACGUGCCCUCUACCGCACGGGCCACAGUGCGAUACAAUAGCAAAGACAAUAGCAAAGACAAUACAGUGCAGGUGCCCAAGACCUCCUCACAUCCUUAUCGUACUCCUUCAAGCCAUACGCCACGAAACUAUUUUCAACAAACAACUCCUUCCUCACAACUGCAACGCGAAUCACAUCUGCGAGCACCAGGAUCACAGUCACUCCUGAGAGGUACAUUUGAACCUGAAAGCAGCAAAGAUUCAGUUGCUAUCAUGGAUUCCCAACCAGAUGCGACUGCCGACUUCAACAAUGUGCCCCGCCCCAAGGCCCUGCGCUUUCCUUCGUCACCAUCGAUAAAUCAGUACAGCAUCAACCAGACUACCAUGGCUACCAAGACUGGAUACACAAGUCAGGUCAUCUCAUCGUCAAUGCCACCCAUGCCGCCAAAAUCAAGCCCGGUUGAAGAGGAGGAGAGCCCGGAAGAUGAGCGCGUGCCCAGCAGUCCUCCGAUUUUGUCUCACGAGGACGAUGUGACGAUGCAUGAAGCGGAUAUCGAGUAUGAUGAACAUACUUACGAUGAGUAUGCUGAGGGUGUUGACCCUUCCGCUGUCAAUGAAGACGUAGUCAUGGACGAAGAUGAAGAUGAAGAUGAAGAUUUGCCUGUCGCAGAGCAAGGACUUGAUGCGGAAGAAGCGGAAGGGCGAGGAGCAGGUGCGGGUGAAGAUGAAGAGUUGGGCUUGGUUCAGCCUCAGAAUGAAGAUCUGAGUACCGACCAGGAAAUACCAGAGACCUUGGAACAGAAGCAGCCUACGGGUCAUAUCCGUAAUGGCGAGAACGAACAACAUAGCGAAGGAGAUGCCACAAAAGUGCCCCGCAUGCAACGCCAAAACACGAUUCCAGAGACAGAUGCGCUGGAUGAGACACAGCCGUCCUUCUUUCCUCACAAUGUCCCAGACGAGCCUGCCGACAGUACUGAGAUACCAAAUCACACUAAUAGCACGGAGCCAUUUCAAACCGCUCAAGAGGAACAAUCUAGGGAACAAUCUAACAGACCAGCUCUUCUCAGUUUGAAAGACGAGGGAAGUGAUGCGAUUCAAGCAGGCGAUCGCAUCCGUUCUGUAAGCGAUCUCCACAAUCUACCAGUAACUCAGCAGUCUAUGGCCGAAGAAGAGAUUGAAAUGCCUCGCCUGAGCGGACUCGAUACAAAUGAAGAGAACCCGUUCUUGUCUAGCUCUCCUACGCCGCCAUCUGCGAAGAGGCGAAAAAUCACAUAUACAGCGAAGCGUAAAAUUUUCCGUAGCCCAGCCAGGCCAGCAACCAACUCAGAACCGCCAUCCGGUACUGCUCCCUCGCCACCUCUAGAAGACGUCCAGCAGGCUCUAGAGAAUACUCCGCCGAAGGCAUCUGCUCAAGAACGAGAGCAACAAGGUGCUUUUGCAGUGGCGCGCGCUAGAGAAGAGGCACAGGUUUCAAACUAUAAGCCAGCGAUCCGAAAGCCCAGAGGUCGCCCUCGACUUUCAAAGCCGCAGGCUCAGAGGAAGGGGGCCCUCAAGCCAAUUACUAGAGAUCUUCUUCAGAGUCUGUCUUCCCCAGCCGACUCACCAUCAAAAGCGGGAGCGUUUGUCACUAGUCGGGCGAGCCCGCCUCUUUCACCGAGUAGACGAGGCACGGAUGUUGGAGAUGCUCAAGCGAAUGCUGACAUGCUCGAUGUCGAUGACGAGAAAGAUGAGCUUGCGAGUUCUACGCCCCAGUCGGCCAACGUUGAGCCAUUUGUCGAUAUCACAUCAAACCGAGAUGGAACACCAUCAGGAUAUGUGCUUGUACCGAAUCGAGUAUUUGCCUCAUGGCCCGGUAAACACUACUAUCCAGCCACAUGCAUCGGUCGAUCAAACCCCCGCCAGCUUCAGAUUCGCUACGAUGACGGCAAUGUAACAAAUAUGGAUGCUAUGAAUGUUCGCGCACUCAGUCUCCGAACUGGUGAUCAGGUCAAGGUUGACGAGACCGGCAUGAAGAAGAACACAUAUGUGAUAGUCGGCUUCAAAGAUAAAAUUGACGAUCUUAGUGGCGAGGAGUAUCCCACCACUGAUCAGCUUGGGUUCGCAACUAUUGUUCUAGAAGAGAAACGAAGAGAAAGUUUGCCCGCAGCCAAAGCUGGGAUUGCGGCGGAACGCAUCUCGGUGCCCAUGGCAAGCAUCUAUCUGACAACCUUGCUGUGGAAAAGACUACGAGAUCGAUGUUACAACUUCUCACCACUAGUGUCGCCCAACAAGGCUGCUUCUCGCAUCGGCACUCCAACGGCAGAUCUGCUUACAACGCCAUCCUUCACUCGCAGGGGAACAACAGCACCUUCACUGCUGAAGGAUGCGACCGCCCGCGCCACGUCUGUUGCUUCGACUGCUCGAUCUGGGCCUGGGGUAUUCUCAAAUAUGGCGUUUGUGCUUACCUCGACUGCUGCAGACGUCGACAAGGAGGCUAUUGGGACCCUCAUCAAGACCAACGGUGGUCAAACGCUCGAACAUGGCUUUCAUGAACUCUUCGACUAUGAGCCUGCUGAUAUACCAUCAUCUCAGAGCCGGCGAAGGUCUGCCUCAGCCGUUGAGGGGUCUGUCGGACUUGUGCUUAAGGAUGCGUACAAAGAUCUUGGAUUCGUCGCCCUGAUCUCCGACUCGCACUCCCGCAGCACAAAGUACAUACAGGCUCUUGCUCUCAACGUUCCAUGUCUGCAUCUCCGCUGGGUCCACGACUCACUUGCUACAACCCGCGCCCUAUCAUUUGCCAAGUAUCUCCUCCCUGCUGGUGUCUCUAAAUUCCUCGACCCAAACGGCGUCCUCCGCUCACGUACCAUGUCCAUCUACGACCCUGCCGGCGACGACAUUUCUUUCGCCCAGACCAUACAGGACCGCGACCUCCUCCUUCACAACCAAACCGUGCUCCUCGUGACCGGCAAAUCCAAGAAAGAAAUUGAAAAACGACAGCCUUUCAUCUUCCUCACGCACGCCCUCGGCUCCGAAAAUGUAGGCCGAUGUGCCGACCUCGCUGCCGCUGCUCAAAUGCUCACCGAUAGCCAAUGGGACUGGGUGUACGUUGACAAUGGCGAGACGGGUGUCGUGGAGGCUGCAGCUGAGCUUUUCGGUACAGUGACUAGCGGGAAGGGUGGUGCAGCGAAGGUAAAGAAGGGAAGGAAGAGGAAGAGCGAGGACAAAGAAGAGCUAGUAGCACGAGGGGAGUUGGCCGGACGCAAAGUUCGCAUUACGUGUUCUGAGUUUGUUAUUCAGAGUUUGAUAUUGGGAGCGUUGGUUGAGGAGUAA